AUGUCCUCUCGACCCGAUUCAGCGGUCACGCGCCCGCGCUCUCGUCGCUCCAUUGCGCAUGUGCCGCGAUCCAAGAUGACGUCUGGACUGGAUAAAGAGAAUGCGACAACAGAUAUCGGCACAGUGCCACCAUUUGGGACCAACGGAAAAUCUAUUACGAGGGACAAGAAGUCCCGAAGUAAGAGUUUAGGUCCUGGCGGUCUUGAUGCUCUGCAAAAUUCAAAUGGCAAUCGUCGCAAGUCAACAGCAUCUUUUCCCCUGAAAUCAAUUCUGAAGCCCACAGUGCCUGUCUCGCCAGUGCGCAACAUCCCAUCCUUCGAGGAAACCCGCCGUCGCACCCCAGCUCGAGAUGCACCUAGCCAGGAAGUCAAUGCCGAUGCCCAAAACCAAGAAGGUCUUUUAAUCGAUUUUGCAACCCCGUCUCAACCCCCUGUCUCAGACCCCGAUGACACAUCCAACCCGUUUGAUACCUUUAAUGCGACCUCAGCCAUUCGCGAUGAAAUGGCUGCAACCAAAGAACGUGACGAUAAGGAACGUAAGGAACGUGAACGCCAGAACAUUUUAGAGAAGCGCGAGGCGCGACGGAAAUCAAUGGCAAAUCGCCGUGUGUCAUUCGCACCUGAAGCUACUCUUCAUACUUGGAAUGUUGUUGAGAUUCCCGAUGACUCAACCUCAUCAUCUGCGGCAAAUUCGACCAGACGUGCUUCUUCAACUGCCGGCGCUCAGGGUCAACGACCUCAGCCUUCUCCAGAGAAAGAAGCCCCCUCUUCCCCCGAUGGAGAUGCAGAGUCCGACUUCGGCUUCUCACCAGUUCGGCAGCAGGAUCUCGAACAGAUAAGAGGCCAAUCCAUGUCCUCCAGAGAAGAUGAUGGUACCGCGGGCCUUUCUUCUAGUCCUUUUAGUGGAAGCUCGGUUUCUGGGAGCGAAGACACAGGGGCACAGAGUCUGGCCGGCGAUGACGAGGAUGACCAUUCUUCAGAUUCUGACGAUGAAUUCGAUGCGGAGAGUACCGCAAUGAGUAUGGAUGAUAUGACUUCCCGCUCCGCAGCGACCAUGCAGUCGGACGCAACCGCUAGUUCUAGCUCUAGUGCCAAACUCAACGAGGCGCUGCGCCAAGCUGCCAGAGAAGCCGGGACACAGCUGAUUGAUGAUGGAAAUGGAGAUAUGUCUAUGGAAAUUGCAGAUGAAGAAAUUACGGGUGCUUUCCAGCCUUGGAUCAAAAAAGGUCAAAGCUUUGACUGGGAUGAUAUCAGUUCUCGGCUUGACCAGGAAAAUGUUGACCCGUCAAAGGCUGCAUCCGCCGGAGAGUAUGCAGGGUCAGAAGGGGAUCAAGAUGAAGAACUCAGCAUGGAUGUUACCAAUGCUAUUGGGCGCAUUCUGGGAAAUGGCCGUCGACAAAGCGGCGCCCCUCGCAAAUCCCUAGGCCAGGAAACAACCUACGACGACCAAACAAUGGAAAUGACUACCAUGGUUGGCGGAAUUGCGCAAGGAAACGUUGCUCAGUUUAACGAAGAUGAUACCAAUGAGGAUGAAGAAAUGACCAUGGAGUUCACUGCAGCUGUUGGUGGCCUUUUGAAUAGAUGGCCAUCUCAAAACUCGCAAGAUCCCGAACAGCAGAAUUCAUCCACCCCAAAGUCCGAUCGUAUGGACUUUGAGCGAGACAAUGACUCUGAUGGAGGCAUGGACAUGGAAAUGACUGGCGCGAUUGGUGGUAUCCUACCACCUGGGCACCCAAGUCAAGACAGGGACCAAGCAAAGAUGCUCAUGGAACUUGAGACAGAGUCAGGACAACUUGGGAGUUCGCCUUUUCAAGAGAAUGUUCGACAAUCACCGGCAAAAUCCCCAACCAAGUCCCCCCUCUCACAUAUUGCCGCUGUGGCAUCUGAGAGCGGCAGCCCUAGCCUGGCAAAUAUUCGGUCGCGACCAUCGCGACGUAGCUCUGCCGCGGGCAUGAGUAUGCCGGGGACACCCACAUCAGCUGCUCAAAAACGAUCACCGUCAGAGAAACCAUCGACACCCCCUAAACAGUCAACGCCCCAGGUAAAGCCUACAACGCCGGGCAAGACCCCUCCAUCCGCCAAUGUUAGCUUUCGAAGCGCUUCGCCUAAAAAGCUAUUCCGGCCCGAGCUUCAACAGUCUGCGGAGAGACGCAAGUCUCUCCGUCAAAGUAUAUUUGAACAAAAUAUGGCCACUGGACAGUCGACUCCCCGUAUUGUCUUGCAACCCCGAGAGGGUCGCCGCUCCUCAGGGCUUGGGAUUGAUAAAGAGGGUCUUGGAUCCCCCCGUGUAGCUGCGAUGCUAGACGAGCGUCCUUCGCUUGGUGAAAGCACCCCGCAAUUCACUCCCCAGCAGCCCUCGCGAAGCGGUGUGCGUUUUGAGGAUCCAUUGAAAAUGCAGGAGGAUGAAGACCGGGAUCGCGAGCAGGAAGAGAUGAGAGAAGAUGGUCAUAUCCCGCCAUCCCAACAUGGAGAUGGCGAUGUGACCUCGAACCUAAGGGAAAUGAUCUCAAGCAUGAGCCCAAAGAAGAGUAAGAUGGGCAACCGAAAGAGCCUUCACGUCGGUGCGACUCUUGGCAUCUUAGGCAAACGUCCUCUUGAACUUGAUAUGGACGACGAGGAAGCUGAAAACUCCCCCAAGAGGCUCCGUGGCCGGGAAGUCAGUCCAGUGAAAGGUGUGAGGCUGCUAGCACCAACAGUCGGCGAUGAGACACUUCGCCGGUCGAUUCGAUCUCCCAUUCGGAGAGCUCGCAGCUCUUCGCCACUUAAAGGCAGCACUACUCCCAAUUCGAUUUCAGAACUUCAAACCCCCACGAAGACGGGAGCGACCCCCAUCAAAAAGGGAGUUGAUGCCCUGCAUAUUGCUUCUGAUCCUCAGCAACCUGAACCGGAAGAAGAAGAGGCCUCGGCUCAAGGCCAAGACACAGACUUCGAACCGAUUCAACUUCAGGAUUUCUUAAACAUGACUAACAUUCAUUUUAUGGAACUCACGACGACCAAGAGACGGCACACAACUGCCCCCGGAAGUGCUAAAAAGAGGUUGUCCAGACGAUCGAGCGAGGUCGUUCCGAAGGCAGGCACGAUCACCUUUGAUGAUUGUGUCGCCGCUGGAUUCUGCACAGUCCCUAUGCUUGAACUAUACCAGCACUCCUGCCGUGAAUUGAAGUCUUAUAUCUCUGAAGGUAGGCAGGUGAUUCGGUCUAUUGAAACCGAAACCUACGCCGAAAAUCCGCCUCUUUUCCAGGAGUAUGUCACGGCUCCUCCGGACAUUCGCGUCAUUAUGGAUAACCAGUUCCGAAAUGUCAAGACCCAUGCACGACUGCUCAGCAAAGCCACGUGGUAUGAGUGGCGCAUGAAGCUUCUUGAGGGUCUGAUGCAAGGUCUUCAUCGCCAUGUGGACGAUAUGAAGGCCGAUGACGAAUUAUUGUCUAAGCGUGAAGAACUUCUCGGUAGCACCGUGCCUUCGCUCUUGGAGAAGAACUCCUUGCUAGAAAAUGAAGCAAACAAUCUGCAGCGAUUGGUGGAAGAGAUGGAAAGCUGCGAUCAGGAUGAGCUGCGAGGAGCACGUGAGAAGCUGUCCAGUGUUGAAGAUGAGAUCGAAGCAAAGAAACGAGAACUCCAGCAGCUGCAGAAUGAGGUCCACGAGAAAACUGUCUCAAUUGAAGCUGGCACAGAAUUGCGUGAAGAAUAUUUGGCUCAAUUCCAAGAGGCUGAGCGAGUCAAGGAAGAAUGCCGAGGGUGGAGCGCUCGAGAUAUCAGUGAUCUCAAAGCUUCCGUCCACCAGAUCGAGUGUCAAACCGGGUGGUCUAUCACCGCUGCAUCGACAUCGACGGAAUCCAAUGAUCCCAUGUUGACUAUGUCAUACCGAGCCCAGCUGCAAAUCAAGUUCCACCCUGGAGCAUUCGCCACUAAAGAUUCAUCCAGCACCCAGAAGACUAACCUCCCUCUUGAGUUGACCUUUACCAAGAGCAAAAUAUCUCCCAUCACCUCGUUGGUCUUACAAUCCUUGCAGCAGCACCUAGCUAAGGUGCAGCAAUCUAAGGUUGCGCCCAGACACUUGCUCCGUUUCAUAUCUUCCGCAUGGGACCGCACUAUUAGUCUCGAGAAUGAGGCUCGUAUGCUGGAAUUCUGCGGUGUUACUCGUCUCACCCUUUCCGAUCCAAAGAAUGACCUCUCUCUUCGUGCCCGUUGUACACUCCUCGGCAACACCGCUAUUCCAUCUACACCAAGACGUAAGGGUGCUGCGGCUAAGAACAGCGGGGCUAAGCGAAUUGACGUCGACUUCACUGUCCGCACGCGCGUUAACCUUAACGAUGACUCGCAGGGUAUCGGGUCCUUGGAUUUUGACAUGGAUGUGGUUGCGACUAAAGUCUAUGGCUUCGGUUCUGGUAACAAAGCCGGUCUACCAGACAAGGAGAUGCAAAAUAUUCUAGGCAAGGGGCUUGACAGUGGAGAAGCGGGAGCUCUUGGGAAUGGAGUUUGGUGCAAGGCGGUCCAAGAGCUCACAGGAUCUGUGUUUUAA